ACCAGUCCUGAAGGCACCAGUGCCCGAGGUGCAGCAAUGUUCCAAUACAGAUGCGUCGAGGGCCCAAUCACGAUCAAGCGAUAGCUCGCUUGUGUUGUGGUGCAAAGACGGUCAAUGGUGUGGUCCAAGAAGUGAUGUGCGCACGACAGGCCCGCGAACGACGUCCCCAGAAUGAUGAUAUUCAGUGGCUCAACGCCGAUCCCGACGGGCUCUUUGGACUUGUAGUUGUCGCUCAACGUCAAGGCUGUAGCGUCUCGAUGGUGGCCCGGUAAGUGGCGAGGCUCCUUGUGCGAUGGCAGACCAUAAUUGGGCAUCUCAGGUGCACCCAAGGGCCCACGAGUGUUGGCCGAUUCUUCUAUUGGAGCAUCCUCUGGGACACUCAGCCCAGCGACAUAGAAGUUCGACAUGCUGCGUGAGCGAUUGUGCAGGCCCGCACGACGCGGCCAUACACACCGAGCCCAUUGGGCCUCUAUCCCGAAGCAGCUGCGCGACCACAAAGCGGACGAUUUCGAUCGGAGCUUACCUGUUGGGAACGACCCGUGCACAUGGAUGUGGAAUGUGGAGGACGUUAACAUUCCAUUGUGAUUAAUGCAUUGUUGCAUGAUUUCUUACCCCCAUACAGGUAGUAUACAGACUUGUUGCGCCGACGCUAACCCUCCCAUUUUGCCCUCCCCUAGCUUAAUAUCCGAUAAGGUAACGAUAAUAUAAUCCUCGCUCCAUCUCAAGACUCCGCUUGCGUUUUCGCUCUCUCACUAACGCCAUGCUCAGCGCAGAAAGUGUUUUUGGUCGUAACUCAUAACACCGUAAUAUCAUAGACCUCAGUCGCUCGCAGCGAUCUCUAGCUGGUUUUCACCACCAUCCCGGCCCGACGAUGUCGGCGCCCUGCCUCCGAUCCGCCAACUUCUGAGCUCGCGCCAUGUCGCGCUCGAGCUCCGCCUGGGUGACGACCUUGGCUGGAGGCGUGGUGACGGGAGUGGAACUGCCGCUAGCAAUGCUGCGUGGUUGUGGCGUGCUCUGCGACGAGCGAGCAAAACCCUGAUAGAUAUUGCCGAAAACGGUGGAGGAGACAGGGCGAGUCAACUGUGGUCGCUGCGGCGGGGUAUCCGCCGACGGCUUGGCCUGCUCUGCCGCUGGUGCCUUCAGUGCAGCAGCAACCUGUGCAGCGUGCACCUUGGCCUUCUGCUGUUGGAUGUGCGCAUGUCGCUUGGCCGAGUCUGCCGCCUCACGCUCCUCGUGAUAGACGGCUGGAAUGGAGUCGACGGGAAACACCAUGAUGAAGUCGGAGUCGAAGUCUCUGUUCUGACUGCGUCAGGGGACCGUAGGCAGCUGUUCGUGGUUGCGCGUGCUUGGAUACCGUGUUUUCACCAGGCUGUCGCAGGGUAGUCAAAUAGAAAUGAUGUGAUAUGGAAUACAAUUGGAAUUGGCCGUACACGGCGUUCCGUCGCGUGUAUCCUUCUUUCCUGUCACUCCAUGUACUGGUGACGUAUGCCGGAGGACCCGGAAGGUUUCUUGCCCAAUCGCCGACCGGAAACGUGUCAGAAGUCAGGCAGGGACUGCAGCAACGUCGUUGUACGAAUGAGGCAGUGGGUGAGCGAGGGAGAGAAGGAGGAGGUUCAGGAAGAGGAGGAGGAAGAGGAGGAAGAAGGAGACGCAGCUGGUGGAGGAGAUGGAAGCAGAAGGAAAGAGAAGGCGGAGGAAGAAGAAGAAGAAGAAGAAGUAGAAGAACCGCUGAUCCGAAGCUCGUUAAUCUCCUCCUCGAUGGCCAUUCCCAACAACAAUUCGGUCAGCAUCAUACCGGUAUUCCUUGAAGGUAAGGUACCUAUAUCCGACAAUGCGGUGCCACUCAACAACUCCUCCUUCUACAGCCUAUCCUCCAAUAGCCCACGCCCUCGACCGCCUCUCUCACUGGCACACAAGCGACACACACACGACGUGAUAUCCCAAAGAGCGGGCCAAGUCACCGUGAGCCGCUUCGGUCUCGUGCUCGACAGCGAAUUGGUGAAUAUUGGAACAAAGACAAUAACAUGCAUACACCUCUACUCCCGCUAUCGCAUCAAAUGA